AUGCAAAGCAUGGCCGCCGCUUGCGUGAACGAAAAGAUUCCGCAGAUCAAAUCAAUAUCGGUUCAUCUGCGUGGAGAGGCAACACGAAUUUUACGAAGAGAAAUUGGAAAUAUUAGAUAUGACACCAACGCCAUCACAUUUCAAGAACUGUUUUUAGCUUGCUUCAUGCUUGGCCUCAGUAGUGCCUGGCAUGACUCUCGUGAUCUAGGUCUAGUGUACUUUGAAGCGGCUCAGUGGAUGGUAACUGAGCUACUGGAUCAUCCAAGAACACUUUCUGCUAGCGAACAGCAAUGUGCUUCCUUUUGCAAGAAGGGCUUGAUAUAUUGGCAAAUGUUAACGGUCGCUAUGAAAAGUGAGAAUUCGGUUGACUCUGGGCUGCAACGAGGUUACAGCCUCCGUAUGAGUCAAGAUCCGAUGAUUCUGCCGCCCUUUGAACUUACUUUACCACACCCGUUUACUGGAUUGGCAGAUGUGGCCCAGGAGCUUAUUGCAAAUGCAAUAGCACUGACUAAGCAGCCACAAACUCCAGAAAACCUCAAGAUAGCGUUCGAUCUCGAGGAACGCCUAUUGAGUGUGGAUAUUCCAACGCGUGAUGACAUUCAAGACACGUUAGAUGACCAAAGCCCCAAUUGGCACUUUUCUCUGGUGGCAGAGGCCUAUAAGAACACCGGAUUACUCCACCUCUAUAAGUCAUUCCGACCACUUGUUGAGUGUCGUCUCAAGGGCGUUGGGGACGAAGGUCAAUCUGCAGAAGACUGGCUAGCAUCAUUUGCAGUCUUCAUUCUAAAUAUUCUCAGUCAGAUCCCACCCAGCUCGGGAACCCGAUGCACUCAGCCAUUGGCAAUUGUGAUUUCGGCAGCCGCAUUGAAGUUUCCAAAAAGAGUAUACCCGUCUGACCCAAGCUCAUCAAAUGGUGAUGUCGAUACACUACCAUUGGGAGCAGAUAUUAUGCGAAGUCGUACAUUUGUAAUGGACAGACUGCAGUGCUAUGAACGUAGCCUUCCUCCUAAGCCUAUUACUACUGCUAUCAAGCUGGUGAACGAAGUAUGGCGUCAAAUUGAUGAGGGAAGAAACGUCGGAUGGAUGGAUGUGAUGGUACAAAAUAGCCUCCAAUCUAUUUUUGGUUAG